AUGCAAGCGCUGGUGGAACGGCCCAAUCUGGUUAUCACUCGAAUCUCAUUCCUACCGAGGAAAGGAGCAGAGACUAUCACCGAAGAACGCAAUGUGUCACACGUUACGAUGAGCGUCAUACAGAACGAGUUCCAUGACAUUCUGUUUGCACGUUACUCCAGUUUCUCCAAGCCUCGUCGCGUUACUGCGUUCUGUUUACGAUACCUGCAACCCUUGCGAGCACGCGUAGUACUGCGCCGAACGGACGCAGACAGGUACCACCAACUCAGUAUUCGCAACGAUACCGUUUCUCCAGUCUCCACCGACGAAUUGCAACGUGCUAAACUUCAUCUGUGUCGGCUAGCUCAACAACAGUCGUUUCCUGCAGAGAUCUCUCACCUAUCGAGCGGUGAACCAGUCAUCAAAUCAUCCGCCAUGAAGUGGCUGAAGCCAUACAUCGACGAAUAUCGCAUUAUUCGCGUCGGUGGCCGGCUGCGGAACGCCACAGUCUCCGAUUACGUCAAGCAUCCUAUCGUACUCUCUGCCAAACACCCGCUGUCGACUCUGCUGCAAACCCACACUAGUCUAGUAGAUCUUCCGGCAUCGCGAGUCUCACCAACUCGUCCAUUCUCCGUCUGUGGAGUCGACUACUGUGGACCGUUCCUGUUGAAAGCAACUGUCCGCAAUCGUGCCCCAACCAAGGCUUACGUGGCAAUUUUCGGUUGCUUCGCCACGAGAGCCGUCCACAUCGAGCUUGUUAGCGACCUCACUACAGCUGCUUUCCUGGCAGCCCUCCGUUGUGUGGAUGCUCGAAGAGGAAGAAUCUCCGAGCUGCACUCGGACAAUGCGACAACGUUCAAGGGUGCAUCACACGCACUAAACCGCAUGUACCGGAUGCUGCAAGUGGACAACAACGAUCGGGACCGGAUCUUCAAUUGGUGUGCGGAGAACGAGAUUCGGUGGAAGUUCAUUCCGCCACGUGCACCGCACAUUGGCGGGCUUUAG